AUGUCGAUACCUUCGCCACGACCAAACUUGGAUGAAUAUGCACAGAUCGAGCGCCUACGAGAUGCAUUGACUGAGCAACUGCCAGAGGGCAUUCCUGCUGACCUCAACACCGAUCUCAAUUUGCUCCGAUGGAUUCGUGGCUACAAAGCCAAUUUCGGCAAGAUUACUGAGAAUGUUACGACAAAGCCGAGACUGACAAAGGGGGUGGAAGAUAAGAUUGCUGAAGGAGUUGAGGAGCUAAAAAAAGUGGGUUAA